CCCAUCAUGACAAUGCCACGCCACCUCUCUCGAAACAAUGAUCGCGAAUCUGUUGCUCAUUCUGGCCACGCUGCUUGUCCAGGCUGCUGCAGCCCCAGCGUGCAGGGCCGAAGUUACGACGGCAAAGCAAGGCACCUUUGUCGGCAACUGCCUGCAAGAGGUCGAAGAAUAUCAAGGCAUUCCAUACGCCCAGGCUAUCACAAGCCAACACCGCUUCACCAAGACAAAGCCAGUGCAAAGGUACACGUCGAGCAAGAAGCGCAAUGCCACCGUAGCCGGCCCCGUCUGCAGGCAGCCCCCUUUCGUCUACAAUGACCCUGGGGUGGCGUACAGCGAGGACUGCCUCUUUCUCAACGUCUACCGUCCUCGCAAUGUCAAGGGAAAGCUUCCCGUCAUGGUCUGGAUCCACGGUGGGGCGUUCUAUCAAGGCGCGGGCUCGGGCGCCCAAUUCAACGCGACCAGGCUCAUCCAGAGGGGACUCGAGCUCAACAAGCCGUUUGUCUACGUCUCACUCAACUACCGUCUGGGCGCGUUUGGCUUCCUCGGCGGAAAGGCCAUGGCCACGGCGGUCAAGAACGGCAACGCCACCCUCAAUGCCGGCUACUAUGAUCAGAGAGAGGCCUUGCACUGGGUCCAGCGCAACAUUGGCUCCUUUGGCGGCGACAAGAGCCGCGUGACGCUCCUUGGCGAGAGCGCUGGCGCCAACAGUGUAGGACAGCAGAUGUUGGCAAAUGAAGGCGACGUCCAGGGACUCUUUCGAGCGGGCAUCCUAGAGAGCGGCAGCCCAUCGCUCGCUCGUCGUUUGCCGCCCACUGACCCCUACGCACAGGACCGCUACGAGGUGUUCCUCGCUGAAGCUGGAUGCGACAUCUCGGCGUCCGACGAGGCACAGAUCGCUUGCCUCCGCAGCGCCACGUCUGACAAGCUCGACGCUGCCAACACAGUCGCGACAACGAACCAGCAGUCAGCCUUUAUCCCGCUGCAGGACGACUUCUUUGUGCGUGGACUGCCCUCGGCCCAGUUCAAGCGCGGCGCCUUUCCCUCGAUCCCCUUUAUCACGGGCGACAACGUCGACGAGGGCACCCUGUUUUCGGUGCCCCAGAACAUCACCUCCGACGCCGUCUUUGCUGAUGUGGUCCUGACGACGUACGGCGCACCCGUCAAGCCACUGAUCCCCGACAUCCUCAAGCUGUGGCCAAAUGAUCCCACUGUAGGCUCGCCGUACAUGCCCUUCUUGUUUGGCGACUCGCCCAACGACACGUACUUUGGCGAGAACAACCAGUUCAAGCGGCUCAGCUCCUUUGGCGGCGAUCUGCUCUUUGAGUCCGGCCGGCGCCAGCAGCUCCAUGCGGCAGUCAAGACGGGAAAGGCAAAGGCCUGGAGCUACCGCUUCGGACAGCCGCUCCCCCUCGCCCAGUUCAGCACCGGCCCCAACAAGGCAGACUAUCUCGGCGUACCCCACGCGUCAGAGAUCGAGUUUGUCUUCAACAAGCCCAUCCUGGCCGGCGAGCACAUCGGUGGGCUGCCAGAGCCGCAGCGCUCGUACGCGACCGACGACAAGCUCAAUCAGGUGGCGUCGAUCAUGUCGUCUGCCUGGAUCCACUUUGCCUAUCACCUCGAUCCCAACGGUGCAAAUGUGCCCCACUGGCCCGAGUACGGCUCGGAUGUCGACGACGGCGGCGCGGGCAUCAAUCUCUUCCUCCAGGGUGGCAAUGUCUCGCUGCAGCGCGACAGCUACCAGUGGGAACAGACGAGCUUCAUCCUCAAACAUCACGAGAACUUUUUCAUUUGA